AUGGCAGGCGUGUGCCACCACUCCCGGCCACCCAGGAACUUUUUAAAACCAAAUGUCUCUCCAGAUUUUGCCCCCAAUCUACGUCCAAAGUCCUCAGCCGCCGAUCUCUUACCUCGGCAGCUCAAAGUAGCUUCUCUGUGCACGCAAACCCUCUUUCCGGUCCUCAGAAGCAGAAUCACUACCGGCGCUGCUCGUCAGCUUCCGGCGCUGCCUUAUGACGCACAGGAGCCCCGCCCCUUCUGCCCUGAAGUUCCGAGCGGCAAACCCGAGAUGCCCGUACCGUCCUGUCCUGUGCCAGCCACUGUGGCCAGUAGGGUGGCUGUGGGCUUCUUGCUCUACCCAGAUGAACUACCUGAGCAGCAGCGGCAGGCCAGGGAGAGCAGCAAGUGGCGCCUUCCAGUGUUCGCUCUUGUGCAAGCCUUGGGUGUCUUGCUCUACGGCUCUUAUGAAGCCAAGCGCCCUGGGUCCACCCAGUCUCUCUGCCAUCAUCGUCUCUACCUCCCCACCUGCUCCAGCUGCGCUCUGGAGCUCUUCAGCCGACCCUUUUCCAGCUGCCAAGCAGCCAGCCACCUUGCCAUGCUUGGCACUUCUCACCUCAUGCCACCUCCUUCCUGUCAGCUUGCACUGUUCAGGCAGUUCGGUUGGCAGGCUGCUUUGACACUGAACGUCUGGCGAAACUUUGUGACGAUCCCCAGCACCGCUCGGGUUUCUAACAGGCGCACCCCUCAAGGGGCACCGGGUGAUGCUGGGCGGGGCCGCGACGGCGGGGCGGCCGCCGGACCGAGGGAGGGGAGGGCGGCGUCCACGGGGCGGCGUGGCCCGGGACCCCGCGGCGGCUCCGGGCCCCAGGUGGGCGGCGCGGCCCAGGUGCGCCCGCCCGCCCGCCCGCUCGCCCGCCCGCCCGCGCCGCUCCCUCCCCCGCACGCCAGGGUGACGACCGUUAGCCCCGCCCGCAGCAGACGGCAGCUCCGGGCGGGGCCUGGGUCGGGAGGUCCCCACGUCCACGGCCAGCGGAGGAGGAAGGCCGGAGCGCGGCUGCCGCCCGUGACUUUGACAUGUCUUAAGAACUCAGGGUUGACUGAUGAGAGCUUGAAGAUGUCCCAAGGGUACUCAGCCAGACAGGGAGCAGGGAGCAAAGAGGACUCCCCUGCUGCCAUCGCCAAGUGGUCCAGCCUCAGAGAUUUUUGUUCCACAUCUUCCUUCCAACAUAGGGGGCAUUGUGAGCUCUCAAGAACUUGCAGCUUCAACAAGAAAGAAAAAGACCCAGCGUUAACCCAUGAGCAUCUUGAAGCUCCAAGCCGAGGCUCAGCCAGUCCUGCAGCAUCUCCCAGUCAAAGAAAGAAAUCUGUGUUCCCAAGGAAGGAGCAGGGUGGAAGCCCAGAACUCUGCGAGACUCCUAAAGUCAGAAGAAAACCAAGCUCAUCACGCAGGCGGCUUGACUUAGCGUUCACUCUUCUGAGGGGGGAUUCCGAUCCACAAAGCAGUUCUCUGGAAAGCAGCGGAAGCCUCGUUCUUAGCCUGGAAAAGCAUAUCCCAGACAGCACUUCAGGUUUCCCAAAGCAGGACAACUUCAGCCCAUUAGUUACCAGCACGAUCAAAACAGAGGGCGUGCCUUCCAGCAGUCAGAAGUCAAGACUAAGUUUUUCUCAGCACAGGACUUCCACAGUUGAUGAUCCCACAGGAGGAGAGUGCGGCUUAUUCGAAGUAGAGUGCCUAUCUCCAAUUCAAGGCAAUGAUUUUAAAGGUUCCAUCACACACGACUUUAGCGACAGCAGUUUAAGUGUUAGUGAUGAGAAUACAUGUCCUGAACUUCUGAGCUCCUCUGGUAGUCAGACGACCUAUGGUGCAGAUGUAACCACAUCUGUAACUCCAGUAAGUAGUCUCAUAUCAAAAAUUAGAUUUAAAGGGGGCCAAACGCUUUCUUCUACAGCAGAAGUGAGAGACAGUCUCUCCACCCCUGAAGACAGUGGUUUUAGCUCCCUUAGCUGGGAUAAGUCGGAAGAUUCCCUUUCUGACCAAGAGGGCUCUUUGCAAGAACUGUUUCGGAAACACAAGGGAACUCCCAGAGUGGGGAACCUCGUCAAAAAGCCAAAGCAUCUUGGAAGGCUGAGAAGACUGUCUACUCUUCGCGAGCAAGGCUCCCAGUCAGAGACAGAAGAUGAAAAGCACGUGGUUCCUCCCAACUCUGAAACACGAGUGGGCACAGCUUCUGGCAUCUUGGAGGGUCAGGGAGGCUCCAAUGAGAAGAUUGUGGACUCGGCUUUAAGCUUUGAGAAGUUAUCAAAUACGCCAGCCUUGCAGUUAGUGCAUGAGCUCUUUAUGAAAAGCAAAAGGAAACGAUCCCAGCAGGAGUUCUUUGAGGAAAGGGAUGACGGGAAAAUAGACAGACUGCAGCGUCUUCUGGCCGGACUGAUUGGCAAGAAGAUGGGCAUAGAACAUCUGGAUAUCUUGACAGAAUUACAGUACAGAAAUUUGAAGCAUAUUUUAGCUAUGGUUUUAGAUUCCUUGACUUCGGAGAGUUUAUACAGUGCUUGGAAUGUUAGCAGAAACUGGCGUGACAUUGUGGCUCAGGAUAAAAAGGCGAACGAGAGGAGGAAACUCUAUAUCAUACAUCUGAAAGCAAACUCUCAGGGGGCUGUGUUACAUGUUCAGGAUGCUGCCACUCGGCUCCAGCUUCUAAGUCGCUCGGCCUUAAGAUCAGUGCAGGCACAGGCACAGGCACCCACUUCUCAGAACGAGCCAACGCCAAGUCUGUCUCCUUGGGGAGAUGCUUUGACGCCCGUAGCAAGUUCUUCCUUCACCCACCUAGGGAGUAAACAGGAGCAGUACGUAAGGGUCGCCAGGACUCUUUUCAGUGACGAAGCAUUAAAACCGUGCCCAAGGUGCCAGUCCCCUGCUAAGUACCAGCCAUAUAAGAAGAGGGGGCUGUGCAGCCGUUUGGCCUGUGGCUUUGACUUUUGUGUGCUUUGUCUGUGUGCUUACCAUGGGUCUGAAGAAUGUAUAAGGGGGUCAGCAAAGCCACGGAGUAGUAAAGAUGCUCUCCCAGGGAGUGCCCAGAGCAAGCGGAAUUUAAAACGGCUCUAA